AUUCGACGAUCUUUGACUUUAUUUAUCUCAUCGGGAAAAAAAGUCAAGUUUUGAUUAUCAGCUAGAAUCCAUGGCCGCAGCGGAAGGAGUGAAGGUCCCGAGAAUGAAGCUGGGUUCACAGGGGCUGGAAGUGUCGGCCCAAGGCCUGGGCUGCAUGGGCAUGUCCGCCUUCUACGGCCCGCCCAAGCCGGACGCCGAUAUGAUCCGCCUCAUCCACCACGCCGUCAACUCCGGCGUCACCUUCCUCGACACCUCCGACAUGUAUGGCCCCCACACUAACGAGAUCCUUCUCGGGAAGAUGGGAGAACUUAAGAAGCUAGUUGAAGAGGGUAAAAUAAAAUACAUAGGUCUAUCUGAGGCUUCAGCUUCGACUAUAAGAAGAGCACACAAUGUUCAUCCUAUAACAGCAGUGCAGUUGGAAUGGUCUUUAUGGUCAAGAGAUGUUGAGGAAGAUAUAAUUCCUACUUGCAGAGAACUCGGGAUUGGAAUUGUUGCAUACAGUCCUUUGGGACGAGGCUUUUUAUCAUCUGGUCCAAAGCAAUUUGAGGAUUUCCCAGAUGGGGACUUACGAAAGCAUCUACCAAGAUUUCAAGCAGAAAAUAUUGAGCACAACAAAAAGCUGUAUGAAAGGAUUGUUGAAAUUGCUGGAAAGAAAGGAUGCACUCCUGCACAGCUAGCAUUAGCCUGGGUGCACCACCAAGGAGAUGAUGUAUGCCCCAUUCCCGGUACCACUAAGAUUGAGAACUUUAACCAGAACAUUGGUGCAUUGAGUGUGAAGUUAGCAGCAGAAGACAUGAUUGGGCUUGAAAAAAUUGCUUCUGCCGGUGUGAUCAUGGGUGAUAGAUAUACGCCUGAUGUGGCAACAUGGAAACAAUCUGAUACUCCAUCAUUGUCUACAUGGAAAGCUGCAUAGCUGCUUCCAUACUAUGCACUGGUUUCUACUGUUUGCAUUUUAUAAUGUGUGAAAAUAUGUUGGAACCUGCUUUUGAAUAUUUCCUUUUGAGAAUAAGAACCUUUGAGGGGCAAAAUAAUACAAUGUUUUUCAUCUAUUUUAUUCACUAAUGAAAUGCUACUCCAGC